AUGCCGGCUGGUUGGUCACAAAAAGUGCCGACAAAAUGCCAUCAGUGCUUCGCGAAGAUUGCGAGGCGCGACACAUAACGCGGAACGCGAACUCCUAGUCCCGUUGUCACAGAAUUUCAACCGACCUGACCCCCAUUUUUGUUGCGUGAAAGUUUGACGAAGUCGAGCUUAGUGCUUAGUGCGUUUGCGAGUCCGGUUUAAAAGGAUCAUAUACGAAUCCGUUUCGGCCUCACGAUUGACGCCUUCUAUCGCUUUCUGCGCCAGGCGCUGCCACUGGCCAAGGAGGCAGUUAAUCAUUCAAAUGGCAGUCAUGAUAUCUCUGCCACCGCCACCGCCACCGCCGUCGCCGCCGUUGGGGUGACCAUAAGCGGUACACCUGGCGAUCUCUUUAACUACAGCGGUGUAGAACUAGAUCUCGGUCUGGAUUUGGAUCUAGAAUUGGCUAGCACCCCCACUUGGGUAGCGCCGACAACCAUACGAACGCCGGCGAACCGGAGCGUGGUGAGGGUCAGUGCCGAUGUACCCAUUUGGGUGGUGCCCUGCUACUCGGCCAUCCUGUUGUGCGCUGUGGUUGGUAAUCUGCUGGUGGUGCUCACCCUGGUCCAGAACCGACGGAUGCGAACGAUAACCAAUGUAUUCCUGCUCAAUCUGGCCAUUUCGGACAUUCUACUGGGUGUCUUCUGUAUGCCUGUCACCCUGGUUGGCACCCUGCUGAGACACUUCAUCUUUGGCGAGCUGCUCUGCAAGCUCAUCCAGUUUGCACAGGCUGCCUCUGUGGCCGUCUCGUCCUGGACUUUGGUGGCCAUCUCCUGCGAGCGUUACUAUGCCAUCUGUCAUCCUUUGAGAUCCCGCACUUGGCAGACCAUAAACCAUGCCAACAAGAUCAUAGCCAUCAUCUGGCUGGGAAGUCUGGUAUGCAUGACGCCCAUUGCUGCUUUUAGCCAACUGAUGCCUACCAGUCGACCAGGACUACGUAAAUGCCGCGAACAAUGGCCGGCGGAUAGCCUGAACUACGAGAGGGCCUACAAUCUGUUUCUGGAUCUGGCCCUUUUGGUCCUCCCAUUGCUGGCUUUGAGCUUCACCUACCUGUUCAUCACUCGCACCUUGUACGUGAGCAUGCGCAACGAGCGGGCCAUGAACUUUGGCAGCAGUGGCCCGGAGGUUACCGCCUCCACAGCCGCCGCCUCCGCUUCGGGACCUGGCAGCCAGCGGCGCUCCAACGGAAGCCACUGCCAGUCCCUUGACACGAUUGUGCCCCACCAGCAACAGCAGCAACAUCAUCAUUCCCAAUACUACUAUGCGGAUUACAGCCACUGCGGCAGCAAGCGAAGAUUAAUCGGUGGAGGAGGAGGAGGCGGAGGCGGAGGUGCCUCCUGUGAGGGAAGAAGACAUCUCUAUUGCAUGCGUAGUGCCUCCGUGAAGUCCCUGCGUCAUCAGCAGAUUAAUGGAGGAGGUGGAAGUGUAACCGUAACGGGAACAGCAAAUGCUGAGUGCUGCAGUCGAGUGCAUAGGAUGCGCCACCAGAUGCAGCCACAACAGCAGGGCUACAUGAGUGACAAUGAAUCGAGGAGGAAGUCUCUAUCCCAGCCCAGUCUAAGGAUUACAGAGGCGGGGCUAAGAAGAUCCAACGAGACCAAGAGCUUGGAGAGCAAGAAGCGAGUGGUGAAGAUGCUGUUCGUCCUGGUACUGGAGUUCUUCAUCUGCUGGACACCGUUGUAUGUAAUCAAUACGAUGACCAUGCUUUUGGGACCGGCAGUUUACGAGUAUGUGGACUACACGGCCAUUAGUUUCCUGCAGCUGCUGGCCUACUCCUCCAGCUGCUGCAAUCCAAUCACCUAUUGCUUCAUGAACGCCAGCUUCCGGCGAGCAUUUGUGGACACCUUUAAGGGAAUGAAGAUUUGUGAGCGAUUAUGUGCUCCGUGCUGUUUCUGGCGAAGACGUUCCAAGAAUGAAACGAAUCUGUCCGUGGCUGGUAAUUCCAUUGCACUGGCCAAUUCAGUCAUGUCCAGCCAUACGAUCCUGGAGAGUCCACGACUCUGAGGCAGCCGACGGCGACAGCAGCAGCAGCAGCAGCAGGCGGAGACGGAGUCACUUUAGUAUACCAAAGAAUACCGAUCGAGUGCACCAAUAUGUGAUGAUGCAAUGUAACUGCAAUAGAAACUGUGGUUGUCAACGAUUCUGCCGCGUUCUGAAUGUGUGUGGAUGUGGCUAGAUGGGAAAGAACGAUAAAGCUUGGGGUUAACCCCUCUUAAUCUUA